UACCUACACGUUGUACUUUCAGAUAAUAAUAGUAAUAAUCUCAACGGUCAACUAAACACUUACGUAAAGUUUAGAGUAUUUCGGCAUAUUUUGCACCUAUCAAAUGGUAAGCUAUACGUUACUGAUGAGGAACAUAAAACCUGGUACAUUAACACUACCAUAAAACUUCCCGAUCAUCGGAGUCGACUAUUGCUACAAAUGAGAUUAUUGUUGAUAUUACGGUGGUACCGAAAUCGUAGACAAAAUGGAAGCUUUGUGCAAGAAGCGUGCUCUCGCCUUAUUUGGUCUUGAUGAGUCUGAAUGGGGUGUUAAUGUUCAACCCUAUAGUGGAUCACCGGCUAAUUUCGCCAUAUAUACGGGGUUGGUCGGUCUUCAUGGUCGUAUUAUGGGAUUGGACUUGCCAGAUGGUGGACAUCUUACUCAUGGAUACCAAGCUGCAUCCGGUCGAAAGGUUUCUGCCACAUCGUUGUUUUUCGAGUCUGUUCCUUACAAAGUUGACCCUAAGACUGGAUGGAUAGAUUAUGAACGAUUGGAGAUUGUAGCAAGAUCUUUUCGUCCUAAAUUGAUUGUUGCAGGAACUUCAGCAUAUGCUCGUCACUUGGAUUAUCCGAGAUUUCGACAAAUUGCAGAUUCAGUUUCAGCUGUGUUACUUGCUGAUAUGUCUCAUAUUGGUGGUCUGGUUGCUGCAGGUCUUCACCCUUCUCCUUUCAAGUAUGCUGAUGUAGUGAUGACCACUACUCAUAAAACAAUUCGUGGACCGCGAGCUGCGAUGAUAUUCUAUAGAAAAAUGGUCAGAUCAAAAGAAAAUGGUGUUGAAAAUGGAUGUCACACCGAUCCUACUUCAACAGACUUUGAACGUCGUAUUAAUGAAGCAGUCUUUCCAGGUUUACAGGGUGGUCCUCACAAUAACACUAUUGCAGCUAUAGCUGUUUGUUUAAAAGAAGCUGCAUCAUCUGAAUACAAAGUUUACCAAGAGCAAGUGCUCAAAAAUAUGAAACAACUUUGCAAAUCAUUAAAAGCUUAUGGUUAUGAGCUUGUGACUGGAGGUAGUGAUACACACUUAUGCUUGAUGGAUCUUCGCCCAUUAAAAAUAGAUGGUGCUCGAGCUGAGAAAGUUUUAGAACUAGUUCGUAUCUAUGCAAACAAGAACACUUGUCCUGGUGAUGUUAGUGCUUUGAGACCUGGUGGCUUACGCUUUGGAAGUGCUGCGUUAACAUCACGAAAUUUCCAUGAAGAAGAUUUCGCUAAAGUUUCAGAAUUCAUACAUGUUGGAAUUCAAAUAGCUGUUAAAGCUAAUGAACUUGCUAACAGCAAACUAUUAAAGGAUUACGAAGUUGUUGUUGAAACAAAUGUUGAAGUACGUUCAAUGAUUGAAAAGUUGAGGCUUGAAAUUGAGGAAUUUGCUUCAAAAUACCCUCUACCUGGACUAGAUUUUUAAAAACUAUAAAAUGUACUAGGUUUUGAUAUUUUUAAUAACUAAAUUUUAUGAUGUAUAAAGUUGUUUUGUCGUCCUAAUUUUGGUGAGACAAUCACAAAAUUUUUUUAUAAUAUUAGCUCAGCGCAUCCAUAAGGUUUUCUUCAAUCUUCCACGCACUUAGUUGUAUCUGAUAUUUUCAGGGUUUUGUAUGAUUUUAAUGCAGCGUGUGUUGUAGCUACAAAUCUGUCAUUUCAUU